CCAAGGCCAACGCAUCCCUAGACACUCUUGACAAAAUCGGAAUUCCCAGCAGAAAACAUUGUAAUCGCUGUCAAGAUCUCUGCUGCCUAAAGAAGCCUAGCGCACCAGCCACAGACUUCCGCCUGAAGUACCCCACCAGCGCCACAUCUAAAACCGAAGCUCGUCAGCCUUUAGAAUUGCUUCACUUCACUUAUCCGUUCUUUCGCCUCCCAAAUACCCUCCCUAGAACACGAAGUCGUGUACUAGUCGUCUAAGCAAGCCGUGUGGGCCGCAUUCUCUCUUCCCACGACCAAUAAAGCUCCCACCUCCACCUCCGCUCCUCCUUCACAGAAGAACACCUCCGGCAGCACCCACCGCAUCAACAACAAAGAUCCUUGGAGAACCGCUGCAGAGAAACCCGCCAUGUCCGCAGAAGCUUCAGUCCCAGGAGCUUCGGUCUCGAAAACUUCAGUUCCGGAAGCUUCAGUACCGGGAGCUUCAGUGCCAGAAGGUUCAGUUGCAGAAGCCCAAGUGGAUGGCGCCACUGAAGUAAAGAAAGGGUCAGCGUUGCAGGAGAGCGAGGCCAUCGUCGAGGUCAAGCUGGCUGACCUUCAGGCCGACCCAAACAAUCCGCUAUUCUCAGCUAAAUCAUUUGAAGAGCUCAACCUAUCUGAGGAACUUCUGAAAGGAAUCCGCCAGAUGAACUUCCGCCGACCCUCGAAGGUUCAGGAGAAGGCACUGCCGCUGCUUCUUUAUAAUCCACCCACGAAUAUGAUCGCACAAUCGCAAUCCGGAACUGGAAAGACGGCUGCUUUCUCGCUCAACAUACUCUCUCGAGUCGAUAUCAGUAAUCUAUCUCCCCAAGCUUUGGUUCUCGCGCCUAGCCGCGAGCUUGCGCGACAGAUCCUCGGUGUUAUUGAGACUAUGGGCCAGUUCAUGAACGGACUAGUCACUAUGGCUGCAAUCCCAGAUCCAAGCAAAAGGAACCAGAAAUAUGAAGCGCACGUUCUCGUCGGGACGCCCGGGACCGUCAUGGACAUGCUUCGGAGGCGGUACAUUGACGCCAGGUCGAUGAAGGUUCUGGUACUCGAUGAGGCAGACAACAUGCUCGACCAGCAAGGUCUUGGAGAUCAGUGUACGCGUGUGAAGCAACUUCUACCGAAACAAAUUCAGACUGUCCUGUUCUCAGCAACCUUUCCCCAACAUGUUAUCAACUACGCCGAGAGAUUUGCUCCAAACGCGAAUGUCUUGACCCUUGCACAUGAAGAGCUUACGAUCGAAGGAAUCAAGCAAUUGUAUAUCGACAUCGAUAAGGACAAUGACAAAUACUCAACUCUCCUCAAAUUCUACGGGUUGAUGACACAGGCGUCCUCCAUCAUCUUUGUGCGAACUCGCGCAACAGCCCAAGAACUCGAGGCACGUAUGGUAAACGAAGGACAUAAAGUUGCACAAUUGAGUGGUGCGCUGGAGGGGCUGGAACGUGACCGAAUCAUUGAUCAAUUCCGAAGCGGAGAGGCGAAGGUGCUCAUCACGACCAACGUGCUCGCACGCGGUAUCGACGUCCAGUCCGUCACCAUGGUCAUUAACUACGAUAUUCCAACGGAUGCACACGGUAAAGCGGAUCCGGAGACUUAUCUUCACCGCAUCGGUCGUACUGGCCGAUUUGGACGCGUCGGUGUAGCUCUUUCCUUUGUCCAUGACCAGAGGAGCUGGCAACAGCUCAACGAAAUCGCAAACUAUUUCAAGACGGAUCUCCACAACAUCGACACUAGCGAUUGGGAUGCCGUCGAGGAGAUGAUCCAGAAGAUUAUCCGGAGCUCACGCGCUGGAAAAUCUACUAAGGAGAUGACAGAUAUGAUUACAGGCUCAUGAAGAGGAUAUAAUUUCGUCGACCAAUCGGUGAACAUAGUGAACCGAAGGAUAGGUGUAAUUUGGGGAGAUGGUCUACAUCAAAAAGAUUCAUCGGAAUACGGCGGUUGUUCGAAGCCAACAUACUCCAGCUUUAACGUACCGUGUUCAUUCGAGACGGGGUGGAUUUAGCGGUAAUGCAGACAUGGUGGAAAUUUGCGGAAAAUGAGAUAGAAC